AGAAAUGCAUAAUGGUCAUACUCCCAGGUUUGAUUUUGAUGUGAAUUAACUGCAACAAGACAAUGUACAAGCAAAGAGCAACAUUUUAGGGAAGGUCUAAAACGCCUCGUGUCAGCGUAUGAUUUAAUGUUGGUUAGAAAACCACCACCAAUCGCCACCAACACGAACGUGUACAUCUCUGCCUCUACCCACAUCAGUCUCUGAAAGCGCCGUUAAGCUUUUUUUUUUUUUUUUUACAUUAAGUGCUUUAGACUGUUGCCACAAUGUGUGUAUUUGCUGACAAGGUAGUCAUUUUUCGCUAAUGUUAGCAGUUUAUGAAUCACGUCACUUGGCAUCAUGACUCAGUUAGCAAGCUGACUCGGUUAUUUAUUAACCGGCAUUUCGAAUUUCUUAGCUUUUUGUCUAGUGUUAAUUUCACAUCCGACUGCACACAUUGAUAUGAUGAAAAUAACGAAAGGUGGGGAAAUGGAGUGAUGACCAAAUUACAUACAUUGAACAUUGGAGUAUUAUUUUUUUUCAGGGAAGAAAUAUAGAUUUUGAAUAGUAACAAUGUUAUCAAGUAAGGCUCAUCGGUUGCUCUGAGGUCAGUUUAAAAUUUCUGUUCUUGUUGUUUGGAGAGAGGAUAAUAAAAUGGGAGGCUCUGGCAUACAGUAAAGUAGUAUUGUCCAGACCCACAAUCUACAGUAUUUCAGAAGAUGGCGGUAAUGCACUCAAAGUUAUUCGGCAACCGCCAAUAGAUAGAAGAAGAAGAAGAAGAAGAAGAAGAAAGGAAGACCGGCACAGCUUCGCCAGGCGACGUGGCUCGGGCUCCCUCGGCAACCGGUUCCUGUCGCUCCCCUUUUCAAUUUGCCGAGGCUUUCCUCCGUGCUCGGGCGAUACCUAACAGCAUCGGGUUGGGCACACAUCACAGGUAAACGCGGACAACGGGUCCUCAGAUCUUAAAAGCGAUCGAAAACGGUGGAACAAAGUAAGCGGAUCGGCGGGCUGAUAUGAUGGAGACAUACGGAAACUCGUACAAGAAGCAGAAGCUGACUAACGCGCCGCAGAAUUGGGGGGCACAGCGUGCCACAAAUGUCACUUACCAAGCGCACCACGUAAGCAGGAACAAGCGUGGGCAGGUGGUGGGCACCAGAGGCGGCUUCAGAGGAUGCACUGUAUGGCUCACUGGUCUGUCCGGCGCUGGGAAGACCACAGUGAGCAUGGCCCUGGAGGAGUAUCUCGUCUGCCAUGGCAUCCCAUGCUACACGCUUGACGGCGACAACAUCCGUCAGGGUCUGAACAAAAACCUGGGCUUCAGCCCCGAGGACCGCGAGGAGAACAUCCGGCGCAUUGCCGAGGUGGCGCGGCUCUUUGCAGACGCCGGCUUGGUCUGCCUGGCCAGCUUCAUCUCCCCCUACAGCAGGGAUCGUCUUAAUGCCAGGAAGAUCCAUGAAGCGGCGGGGCUGCCUUUCUUCGAGGUGUUUGUGGACGCCCCGCUGGACGUGUGCGAGCAGAGAGAUGUCAAGGGCCUCUACAAGAGAGCCAGAGCGGGCGAAAUCAGAGGCUUCACCGGGAUCGACUCAGAGUACGAGAAACCCGAGGCGCCUGAACUGGUGCUGAAAACCGACUCCUGCAGCGUGAACGAGUGCAUUCAGCAGCUGGUUGACCUGCUUCAGGAGAGGGACAUUGUACCGGUGGACGCUUCCUAUGAGGUGAAAGAGUUGUACGUUCCAGAGAACAAACUGGACUUGGCCAAAGCUGAUGCGGAGACGCUACCUUCUCUUCAGAUUGGAAAGGUGGACAUGCAGUGGGUGCAGGUCCUGGCUGAAGGCUGGGCCACACCACUCAACGGCUUCAUGAGGGAGCGGGAGUAUCUUCAGUGUCUCCACUUUGACUGCCUGCUGGAUGGCGGUGUGAUCAACCUUUCAGUGCCGGUGGUGCUGCCGGUGGCGUCGGAGGACAAAGAGCGCCUGGACGGCGUGACGGCGAUGGCGCUGGUGUACGAAGGCAGGCGAGUGGCUAUCCUUCGCAACCCCGAGUUCUACGAGCACCGCAAGGAGGAGCGCUGCGCCCGCCAGUGGGGCACCGCAUGCAAGAGCCAUCCCUACAUCAAGAUGGUGAUGGAAAGCGGCGACUGGCUUGUCGGUGGCGACCUGCAGGUCCUUGACCGAAUCUACUGGAACGACGGACUGGACCAGUAUCGACUGACGCCCACUGAGCUCAAACAGAAGUUUAAAGAAAUGAAUGCAGAUGCCGUGUUUGCCUUCCAGCUGCGCAACCCGGUUCACAACGGCCACGCUCUCCUGAUGCAGGACACCCACAAGCGUCUGACAGAGCGGGGCUACCGCCGGCCCGUGCUCCUGCUGCACCCGCUGGGCGGCUGGACCAAGGAUGACGACGUGCCGCUGCCGUGGCGGAUGAGGCAGCACGCCGCCGUGCUGGAGGAGGGCAUCCUGAACCCCGACUCCACCAUCGUCGCCAUCUUCCCCUCACCUAUGAUGUACGCCGGGCCCACCGAGGUGCAGUGGCACUGCCGUGCUCGAAUGGUAGCCGGCGCCAACUUCUACAUCGUGGGCCGCGACCCCGCCGGCAUGCCCCACCCCGACACGGGGAAGGACCUGUAUGAGCCCACCCACGGGGCCAAAGUCCUCACCAUGGCCCCGGGUCUCAUUACCUUGGAGAUAGUCCCCUUCAAGGUCGCCGCGUACAAUAAAGUGAAGCGAGCCAUGGACUUCUACGAGGCCAAAAACCAUCAAGACUACGACUUCAUCUCGGGCACACGCAUGCGCAAGAUGGCCCGCGAAGGCGACAACCCUCCAGAUGGUUUCAUGGCGCCGAAGGCCUGGGCUGUGCUGAAAGAAUACUACAAAUCUCUGGAGAAGGCAUAGAUGGCGUUCUGCUCGGAAAAAACAGGGAACACUGAUUUUCCUUUUUUUUUUUUUUUUUUGCCAUUUAAACAGGCCGAUGUUGGGACCAUUCAGUCAUUGCUCCUCACAGGGGUGGUUCUUAGUUACGUGCGCUAUGUACUUGAUUAGAUUUUUUUUUUUUUUUUUGAGCCAUAGUUUAUUGGACACCUGUUGCAGAAGAGAUGGUUUGGAUUAGAGUCUCUCGGUCAAGAUCACUAUAAAGUGCCUUUGUUGUCCUCAUCAGAAUCAACUGUCAUCGUCUCAAUGUAGCAAAAGAACAAAACGGAGGUACUUGUAGAAGUGACAAAAUAUUUGCACACAUACAAAUCAUUUUGGUCAUGGUAUGUUCAAUUUUGAAUGAAUGGGUCCCUGAAAUUGUCAACCCUGACAUAAAGGGGCAGUUACCCCAUUAAGAAUUCCUAUGGCGUUUUCAGUUCAAUUAUGAUUAUCCUUUUGGAAGGGGUGGCUGAAAGCCUAACAUAUCCACUGAAAUAUGAAUCGAACAAGCCUUUCAGAAAGUCACAUUUUUGCUCUACAGUACACCGUCGGCUUGCUAAGUGAAUCACGUUGCAAAAAUAAAGGACCAAUAAGUGCUCAAAGAACACUCACAUGAGCCAAAAAUGUCCACCCUGUCAGCAAGCAAUCAUAUUUUGCCAUUGGCAUUGUCCACUUGCACUUAAUGUGUAUAUACUGUAUAUAAAAAUGUGUGGGAACGAAAACAAAAUGACAUCUUCCUAUCACAAUGAAAAUGGAGUUAAAUUUCAACUUUUUGAAAAUCGUAAAGUCUCAAAAGGCACCUCAUAGUGAUGUUGACGCAGCUCUGGUUCUUAGGGCUGUAUUCAUUGUGGUCCACGUCGGUUAUGGUUGCCCUCAGAUGAAAAAUCGUAACUAUGAAAUCAUAUAACUGUACCAAAAAAAAAAAAAAAAAAGUUCAGACGCUUUGUCAAAGUUCAUCUGGUCUUGACAUUGCACUUCUCUGUCACAAGCACUGCGGCAACCUGAAAUUACAUUCCGUACAACAUGGUGUGUGACCUGGGGGGCCGGGCGGAGGGGUGUGGUCCCGUGAUUUUGAAAAUUAGGGGGUUUAGGAUUUGUACAUUACUUUGAGGCGAGUGUACAGAUGACUUAUUGGUGAGGUCGUCACUUUAGCGUUAGCAGUUUGGACUGAAGUUCAGGGUUGAUUUGAUACAGGGAGUUUGGGGCUUGGGGGGGGUUGUAAGUUAUGAUGGUUGGGUACCUAAGAUCUCAUGCAAAGUGUAGCUGUGUGUGUCUUUAUACGGUAAUCUUGUGUAUUGUAAAUGUUGAGUGCCUUGGGCAAAUGUAAACAUACAUGAUGGAAUCAGGACACGCCCACGACCAAGUAUAUUUAAUUAUGAUCCACCAUCAUUACUUUUGAACUUUAUUGGAUUUUUAUUUUUCAUGUGUAUUUGUUUUCCUACCAAGCACAUUUUGCAUGUCCCAGUGCUUCUCCAGUAUUUUGUGACAGCUCGUCUAAGGUUGCUAAUUUGUUCCAUGUGGCAUUUCAUCUCUGACACGUGUAAUCAGCUGCUUUGUUUUCACCAGCACGGGAUACCCUUCCGAAGCUUCCUCGUCCAGUAAAGCCUUUUUAACUCCCAAGCAAAA